UAUUUUCUAUUUCUUAUUUCUAUUUGUUAUUUGUGUUCAGGUUCUGCCUUACGAUGCUGGGUAUGUGCUUCUAAUGUAAAUACCAUGUGUAAAGAUCCGAUGAAUACUUCAGAUCAUAAUGCUGCGUUCCAUAUAAGAACUUGCGAUCCAGGUCCCUACGGCUCUUCGAAACCUAUUUGCCGCAAAAUCGUCAAACGAGAAAUGGGCGAGCGGGUUGUCAUACGUCAGUGCUCCACUCCAUAUCAUGAUGAAAUGGACAUCAUUGAUGGCCAGUGCGGCAACUCCAUGACACAGACAGGACGUGAUGUAAUUGAAUCCUGCCACAUUUGCAGCAGCGAUUUGUGCAAUUCGGGAACAAUCUCCUCCGCGACGAGACUACUUUAUAUCAUCGUAAUGAUAUUUCUUGCCUUUACUUUCCACCAGUCGAAAUAUGUUCUUUAA